CCCUCUCCCCUCUCACGCCCCUUCACCCGGCUCGUGCCUCCACAGGUUCCCGAGACUUCCAGCGCGCUCCGAGAGGCCACUUUUCCUCUAUUCUCGAAGACCGCCCUCAUGGCGGAGGUGAAGGUGAAGGUGCAGCCGCCGGACGCGGAUCCGGUGGAAAUAGAAAACAGAAUUAUAGAGUUAUGCCACCAGUUCCCUCAUGGAAUCACAGAUCAAGUAAUUCAGAAUGAAAUGCCUCACAUAGAAGCCCAGCAACGGGCAGUGGCCAUCAAUAGACUAUUGUCCAUGGGUCAGUUGGAUCUUUUAAGGAGUAAUACAGGCCUUUUAUAUAGAAUAAAGGAUUCUCAGAAUGCUGGUAAAAUGAAGGGGUCCGAUAACCAGGAAAAACUAGUCUACCAGAUCAUAGAGGAUGCAGGGAACAAAGGAAUAUGGAGCAGAGAUAUUCGGUACAAAAGUAACUUGCCGUUAACAGAAAUCAACAAAAUUCUCAAGAAUUUGGAAAGUAAAAAGCUUAUUAAAGCUGUGAAGUCUGUAGCAGCUUCCAAAAAGAAGGUUUAUAUGCUCUAUAACCUGCAGCCAGACCGAUCUGUGACUGGCGGAGCCUGGUACAGUGACCAGGAUUUUGAAUCUGAAUUUGUUGAGGUGCUUAAUCAACAGUGUUUCAAAUUCCUACAAAGCAAGGCAGAGACAGCAAGAGAAAGUAAACAGAAUCCAGUGAUACAAAGAAACAGUUCAUUUGCUUCAUCACAUGAAGUGUGGAAGUACAUCUGUGAACUGGGCAUCAGUAAGGUAGAGUUGUCCAUGGAGGACAUUGAAACCAUCCUGAACACACUCAUUUAUGAUGGCAAAGUGGAGAUGACUAUCAUCGCUGCGAAGGAAGGCACUGUUGGCAGUGUAGAUGGACACAUGAAACUGUACAGGGCAGUCAACCCAAUCCUCCCACCUACAGGCUUGGUCCGGGCACCCUGUGGACUCUGUCCCGUUUUUGAUGACUGCCAUGAAGGUGGUGAGAUUUCACCAUCUAAUUGUAUUUACAUGACAGAGUGGCUCGAAUUUUAAUAGAGAGCUAUGAACUUUAUUUACAUUUGGCAAACUGAACUUCUUGGAGAGCAAAUAAUUCAUGAUGGAGUGUCAAAUUUCUUUGAAAAUAUACUUCACAAUAAUGGAUAUUGACUUGCUGCUAUGAAAACAUUUAUUUAUGAAGACAGCACACAAAGCAGGUUAAGUUUAAUAAAGUUUAAUUGGGAAGUCUCUUCUUCGGUAAGUAAAAUACCUUGAAAGUCUGGAAGACAAGGAAAAGAAGCCAGCAAACCUAUGUUGACCAAGUACUGAGAUAAAGGCUGGAGUGAGAAGAUGUUUCACUUGAGUUACUUCACUGAAAACCCAUUGGGUUUAUUACCUCCAUUUCUGUUUGGUUUUUCUUGGGUUUUGUUGAGAAGAAAUUACAAGUGGUGCAGGCAGGAACAGCUGAUGAUGGGACUGUGUGCCAUCUUGGGGCGGAGUGGUAGCGUGGGCAUUCCUUUCCACGCCAUCUGUUCCUCUUCACCCCAGUAGGACUCUUUCAGAGGAGUGCGCCUCCAUACUGACCUCACUCCCAAAUGCUGUUAUCCAGGACGUAUUUUCACAUCACUGAUAUUCCAUACUAAAGGAAAUAAUCUCACUGUUCCUUUCCUAUUAAGGCUGUAACUUUCUCUGUAUGCUUAUGCUUUAAUUGUAUUAUUUAUUGGAUUUUUUUCCAGAUUCUUAUUCCAUGCCUGUAGUGUGACUUUCUCUACCACCAGCGCCAAAUUCAGAUUUUAUAGUCUAAUAUCCCUAUAUGGAAUGUAAUAAAUGAGACCCCUUGGAAGGUGACACUAUGAGUGUAGAAUCCUCAUGAAUUGGAAUUAGGGCGUGUAUAGAAGAGACCCAAAGUGUUCUAUUACCCUACUGUCAUGGAAGAACACAGGAAAAGAAUAAGGAAGCGAGCCUUCAUCAGACCAAGUAAUCUACUAGCACCUGUCCCAGCUUUUAGAAUCAUGAUAAAUUAUUUUCUUGAUAAA